GGGCCGCUGUGCUGCGCGGGGCUCCGCACGCGGCCGCCACACAAAGGCAGCAGCAGCAGCUCCGCGCCGCUCCGCAGGAUGCAAGUUCGGAGUCUCUUCCUCCUCCUGGCACUGAUCCUGGUGGCUGCAACCACCGAGGCUGGCAAGAACAAGAAAGAAAAGGCAAAGAAGGAUGGCUCCAAGUGCGAGGACUGGCGCUGGGGACCCUGUGUUCCCAACAGUAAGGACUGUGGUCUGGGCUACCGCGAGGGAACUUGCAAAGAUGAGAGUAAGAAGCUCAAGUGCAAGAUCCCUUGCAACUGGAAAAAGAAAUUUGGAGCCGACUGCAAGUACAAGUUUGAGAGCUGGGGAGGCUGUAGUGCUCAGACAGGCCUGAAGACUCGCUCUGGCAUCCUGAAGAAAGCCCUGUACAAUGCCCAAUGUGAGGAGACUGUCUAUGUGACCAAGCCCUGCUCCUCCAAGAUCAAGUCGAAGUCCAAAGCAAAGAAGGGCAAGGGGAAGGACUAGAGCAGAAAACCAGCAUCCUCAUCGGGCCCUCAACAUGGUGCCUACAGGACUGGAUGUCCAGCUGCAGCUGGCCCACACUACGGUCUUCCUCCUCUUCUCCUUACUACUUUCCAUGACCUCCUCUUUCACUGCGAUGCCUUGCUUUAAUCAUUAGUGUUGUAGAGAGCAAACCCACCCACCCUGCAGGAUAGGCUGCCUCCUUCCUUGCUGCCCCAUGGGCACUACCGGUGCAUCCUGCUCACCUCCUCUGGGCUGGUAUUGGGUUCACUGGGAUAUGCUCAGAGAGCUGGGAUGGAACACACAUUUUUCCAAUCUCCAGCUCAAGUGAGUUGCCUUUAGCACAUCCUUUUGCAAGCCCAGGACCCUCCUUGCUCCUCCACCAGGUACUAGUGCCAGAGGGAAUGGCUGGGUGUUGAAUGCCUGAGUAACCCCAUCACUGAAGUUUCUCACUCAAGGACUGCUCUGACCUCAGGGGAUUUAUUUCAGUACCCCUUUGGCUGGGGCAUGACUUACCUGCAGCAGCUGAGGAAAACACAGCCAUCACCCUGAGAAGCAGCUGUGUCUCCUCUCUGUACUUCUAACCAUGUGUCCAUGCUGGGGCUGCAGCCCCUCUGCCUUUGCCAUGCCAACACCAGUGCUGGGUGGGAGCUCUCCUUUUGGAAUUUUUCUUUUUCUUUUUCUUUUCCAAUAAAAAUCUUUUAUAAAAAAGUA